GCAAUGAAGCUGUCGGUGUGUUCGAAGCUUAACAUGUAUGUGUAAAUUUAUUUUGCAACGCUCGCGCACGUAACGCGACCGGUGUGGUCAGCAUUUUCAGGCAGACUUUCAAUUGUAGGUGACUGUAGCUCAUUCGGCUCAUUAUUAGCUCUUUUCACCCGCGAUAGGCUCCAACAAGUUUCCCCUUGCCUGUGCUGCAACCAACUAUUUGACUAGGCUACAUGAAUGCCGCCAGCACGGACCGUACCCCCAGGACACAUUUAUGUGAUCUAAAUGCAUGCGGUUUUCUCACUAUCAUCACUUGAGUGAAAACACCAAUGGAGAGGUAACUUUGCGCACAUAUGGUUAAGAUUGUGUCUUUGAUCACGAAAAUGGACACUGCUGGAUCAUUAAUCAAAUGGAAAACUUUUAUUUUUUAUCUAAUGGUUGUCAACUACAUGUUUUUCUAUGGAGUGCCAUUUUCCAAUAUGGCCGAUGCUAGCCAAGCUGCCAGCAACCAGGAGAAGUGGUCCAAUAUGACCUUGGUGGAGCGGCACCCUCUGUCCUCCUGGUAUCAGAGAUCUCAUUGGCAUGGCAACAACAAGCCAGGCGCUACACAUUCUCCACAAAGACGCCUCACACCACUGUCCUUCUACAAACUUGUCUAUUCUUUUCAAGUGAAAGAGGACACACAACCAGGAACGAUAGUGGGGAACGUGGAAGCAGGAGAGCACAGCAAAGGAUCGACAAACACCUUCUUUGUGUUGGAGGACGACGGGGAAGGCCUGUUCCUGCUCAGCCAUCUCUCCGGUGACUUUCUGCUGUCACGCUCCCUGGACUAUGAAACCCAGAGACUCUACAUCCUGACAGUGGUAGUGAAGCAUGGGGACUUAGGGGCCAGCAGAGUCAGGGUCUAUUUUAAUGUGCUGGAUGUCAACGAUAACCUUCCAGUGUUCAGACUGGACUCUUACUCCGUCUCUGUACCAGAGGACAGCCCUGUUGGAACCUGCUUCCUCUCUCUCAAUGUCUCUGAUGCGGAUGACGGUAUGAACGGAGAGGUGGACAUAGAAGUGACAGCCGAAGAUGGCGACACUACAUUCUUGGUCAAUCCAGACGGUGCUCUCUGCCUAAACAUAGAGUUAGACAGAGAGAGCAGCUCAGACUACCGUCUGACAGUCCAGGCCACCGAUCGUGCUCUGUCCAUUUCUAGACGCCUCACUGCCACAGCACGUGUUGUCAUCAAUGUAGAUGAUAUAAACGACAACAUGCCGUCUUUCACGUCAGCCGGUAGUGUCACCAUCCCAGAAGACACUGCUCUCCAGGCUGUUGUCAUGGUGAUACAGGCAGUGGAUGUGGACUCAGGAUCCAACGGGGACGUCGUCUACACCCUGGAGGACACGUCAGUCAGUGUGUUCAGUAUCAACCGUACUAAUGGUCGUCUGUACUUGCAACAGCCUCUGGACCGAGAGCAGUUGGAUACGCUGACUGUCACUGUGACAGCCACAGACAGAGGCUCUCCUCCGCUGGCCUCCUCUAUGAACCUAGCAGUGCAUGUAGAGGACGCCAACGAUCACAACCCAGAGUUCACACACAACUACUACAGCCUGGCACUCAGAGAGGAUACCCCCAGAGGAACCAGCCUGUUGCAGCUCCGUGCUCUGGAUGGGGACAUUGGCUUUAAUGGACAGGUGUGGUACUAUAAGCUGUCCCAGGGUCACAAGAAAGACAAUGGGUCUAAUGGACAGGUGCAGUAAUGAGCUGUCCCAGGGUCAGACAAGAGAUAUUGGGAUUACAUUUAAUGUACACUAUAUAUACAAAAGUAUGUGGACACCCCU